AUGUCUCUUUUCGAGCAAGCUUACUCCUUCUUGAACUGCACUUAUUGCGGAAAUUUCUUUGGCCGCAACGAGAUGGUGUUCUGCUGUCGGAAUCAAUGGCAUCACGACUGCUUCGAUUAUGAGACCGUUUAUAAAAUGUGCAUCGACGAUCAUGUCGACUCGACCCACGGCAUGGACAAGCAGGACGGCACCGAAAUUAUCGAUCAUCGUUACGACAUUAUGGGUGAG